GCGCUCGCCGAAGGCACCGCAUCGACGGCUCGGCGCUCGCGGAAGGCGCCGUCAGCUCCGGCAUGGCCGGGCUCAUCAACUUCGAGGACGAGGAGGAGGUGAGGGGCUACCUGGAGAACCUGCACGUCGAGUACAGCUACCAGUGCUUCAAGGAGAACGACCCGGACGGCUGCCAGCGCCUCGCCGACUACCUGGACGCCGUGAGGAAGGACUUCGCGGCGGCGGCGCGGGUGCUGCGCGGCAACUGCGAGGCCCACGGCCACAGCGAGAGCUGCUACAAGCUGGGGGCCUACCAGGCCAUCGGCAAAGGUGGACUCGACCCAGAUUUGAAAGCUGCCUACAACUCUUUUAUGAAGUCAUGUGAGAAGGGUGGGAAGAAGUCAGUAAAUGCGUGUCAUAAUGUUGGGCUGUUGGCCCAUGAUGGGAGAGUAAACGAUGAUAAACCUGACCCCGUUGUCGCUAGAGACUAUUACACAAAAGCCUGUGAUGGCAAUUUUGCUCCUAGCUGCUUCAACCUCAGUGUGAUAUACCUCCAAGGAGCACCUGGGGUCCCUAAGGACAUGAACCAUGCUUUGAAGUACUCGCUGAAAGGGUGUGAGCUGGGUCACAUAUGGGCUUGCGCCAAUGCCAGUCGAAUGUACAAACUGGGAGAUGGCAUUGAGAAGAAUGAUGCUAAGGCAGAGGAUUUGAAAAACAGGGCAAAACAGUUGCAUAAAGAACAGAAAGAAGCCUCAAGUUCUUUAAUAUUUGGGGAGUAAAACUGUCAGUUGCAGUUAGUAAGACUGCAGGUUUAAAUGGCAAGUGAACUUGUUAUUUAAAUUGUGAGCAUGCAGUUUUCAUUCAUAAUAAAUAAAUAUCCAAAAUAGAUUUUGCUUAUGCAAAUAAACUUCUAUUUUUGUGGAUGCAACAAACAUGACCAACUCUGCUGUGCCUUUCUACAUUUUUAAAUACACAAGUUCUUAAGUGUAUUGCUUAGAUCCCUUGUCUUUAAAAGGAAGGCAAAAACUGGCCUUUUGGAAGUUUGUCCCCAUAAUUUCAUGUAUGAAAGGCUCUCUUUCAUGUCUAGCGCUUCAGUAUUGAGGCUUGUGCUCAGACCAAUUCUAACACACACACAAAAAAAAAAAAAAAUCACAGUUGCAAGGUAGUCCCAGCUUGGACAUUCAGAACUGUGCCAUCUCUUAAAUGCAGUUGUGGAACUUUGGUAGUGUGCAUGCUUGGCUGAUGUCCUCUAAGGCUGCUUUGUACCAGGAUGGCUUGAGAAACUUGAGAAGGUUUAUUUGCUGAAGGUAACAUUUGUUAUCCUAAGGUUGUAUUUAGACAUGCUGAUUUAGUUACUUUGUUGUCAUGGCAUCAAAACUGCACUUGUAACUAGGAGAAAAAAAAGAGAUGACUUGUUAUAGCAAGAAAUAAUAAUUUGAUAUCUUGCUGAUCUUUAAAUUAUACGUUUAAUGUCAUCAUUUCAUCUGAGAAGUUUUGAUUUCUCUAUUCAGUCUGUAAGUUUUACAGGCUGUUAAUAUAAUUAUUUCAUUUGUGCAAAUGUUUAUUAUUUGAUUGUAAAUCAGUGUUAUGGCAUUAUUUGAUAUACUUUGAUUUCUAAAUAAUUAAGCAUUCAAUUGGAGCCAAGCCAAAAAUUUCCUGUCCAAGAACAUUUUCAGUAAAAAAAACUGGGUUCAGGAAAAAGGGCCAUGUGGGAAAGCUGUGAAGAAACUGAGGGGUGGAUCACUUCAGCAGACAAGUAAAAGCUGUUCUAGAGCAGUGUGCAGUCUUGGGAUAGACUUAUACUGAGCUGCUGCCUUCUUUAUUGGAGGUCUAGCCUACAAAAUUGAAACAGAUUUCUGUUGGGUGACAACCUCUGAAUGCUGGUGCUCUGCUGUUCACAAUGUGAGCUGCAUCCGUGGGUGCUCAUUGAUUUGAAAUGCUUGCCUGUGCACACCCCUGCUGAGUGUGUGCGCCUGGCUCUGUCACAGACCUCGCUUUACCGGGAACACUAAUUUGCACAGGGAGUGCCUGUGCAAACCCCAUUGUCACUAGUCUCCUUCCUGCUUAACUUCAUGCUUUGGUGUUAUACUCGGUCUGAUGACUGCUUUUUGGUCUCAUCUGCCAUUUUUAUAUAUUAAUUGGCAUUUCUAAACAUUGUGAUAUGAAUCUUCUACAAUACUUUUUUUUUUUUCUCCUUAUGGUAAAAAGCAGCUCACAGUUGCUUUGUAUUGUCUUUCAAAUAAAAAAUAGUAUCUCUCAAGAUACAAAGAAAGAAACAAAUGCCUUGGUAUCUGAGAGUGAAAAAUGACAUUGAGAGUUCACCUACAACAGAGUUGGUGUGCAAACAUCCUGAUGUGGGAUGUGGCACUCCUGUGCAAGUGCUGGAUGCUGCACUCAGUUGCUGUGUUUGUGCUAUAUACAUCCAGAAUGCAUGAAGAGGUUCUGUUAGAGCUGCCAGCAAUAUGGACUCUCUGGUCUGAACUGAACCUGACACUUGAAGGACCAGAGGAUAGUUCUGGAUACUGGUUUAUAUUACAACCAUACUGCUGAAAGGAUGUCAGCUCGCUUGGCAAGUUAGCAAAAUACGUGCAUUCGUGUUCUUCUCAGCACACCAGCAUUUCAACUUGCACACAACCAUAGCAACAGCUGAAAUUAAAGAAUUAGUUCUAACCAAUAUUCACUAUUUUUUUAGGAGGAAUAGUGAAUUAAGUAUGCUAGCAUGUUUUCUGCUACCCACUGCUUAAAAAAUUCAAAACAUGCCAGAUUUGCACUAACAGCAGCUGGCUCUUUCUUCCUUCUCUUAGGCUGUUGCUUAAAACUCAAGGCCCAGAACUUACUAAUACUUGCAGGAGUAAUUCUGUUGAGUGCAGUGAGAUGGUUCCUCUGUGAGAGCUGGUGGCUAGAUAUUUACAAGCACUCACAGAUUUCUGAAUGUUCUAGAUAUGUUCUGUUGAAGUACCUGAGCCAAAUGGUUGCGUUUAAGUCCUCUCUUAGUUCUUUCAAAGCUGUUCUUUGACAUCUUUGUCACUGAAGCUUCACUAUACUGAGAAAGCUUCGAAGUGUGUUAAUUGAUUUAUGUAACUCUACUGUCACUCUUAAAGGCAGCGUCAACAAAGCUUACAACAAGUGUCUUAGAAGGAAUUUUUUUUUUUAAACUGAGAUGUUUUAAUGUUUUUAGAUCCAAAAUUUAAUUUUUACAUUUAUAGUGAAUUUUGGAUAAGUAAGGGUAAUAAAUUCGCCAAAAGAUGCAAACAGAGGAAAACUGGAAGAUUAAUCAAGUGUACAAAUAAACCCUGAUACUGUAUGAUUUUUGUUGUUGUUGUUUUGCAUGUGACAACCUCAAGAGAUACAAGUGAAAGAAGGUUCUUGCAUAUAUUCUACUUCAAAUGUAUUGAACAAUAUUAGCAGCCAGUUUCAAGAUGGCUGUGUAUAGUUUUUCUUGUGGAAUUAUAUUGCCCCUAGAUUUCCACAGUACAUGAAGUAAGAAUAUAGAAAUAGUUUGUGGAAUAUAGGAAUAUAGCCUGUAUUUUGAAUAUAAAAAUCCAUGGUGAUCAGUGGAAAUAAGCUUCAGUGCAUUACAGCAUCAAACUGACUAAAGAGCAAUCAUACACAGUGAACAAGUUCUGAAAAAUUAGUCCACAACAUCCUUUUUUUUUUUUUUUUUUCCCUCCAAUGCAAAUGUUUAUAACCAGGAACUGGAAUUCUGUAGAGGGCUCAGGCCAAAUAGCUUGUUGCCGUGUAAAGGUUUCUGCUCUUGGGAAUCCCACGUAUUUUCUUAGCUAACCUGCUGGAACAAGCACAGAUUUCAGGCUGCUUUCACAUGGUGUUUAAGUGUCACCACUUCCACUUUAAAACCAUGUUUCUUUUUCUCUCUCUGGACACAGAAAUACUGUCCUUUGCUUGUUUGGUCAACUUUUUUAACUAGGAGACGUUUGUCCAGGCAGCAUGUGGUCCUGGAUGGUGCCUCUUGCUGUCUGUGAUGAUUCCAGGUCCAGGGGGGACAUGCUGCUUUAGGCCCUGAAAGUGUGAAGCUUUUCCCUGGUCAGCUUAGAUCUAGAAACAUUUAAGUCACAUUCAGAUGAUGCCAAGCCCAAAAUGGUAAUGAGCCUGUAUGGCAGUAUGUAUACAGAAACAUCUCUGCCUAUAGAUCUUGCAAAUGAAAUAGGCAGGAGAGACAGAGAGGCAGGAGAGAAAGGAACUUAAUUAGCUCUGCUGGGCAGAUAAGCUUAAGAGAGCUGGCCCAGAUUGUGGAAAAAAUAAGUAAGAGAGCUAGGAAUUGGUCUAGGUCUACUGAAUUAUGGGUGAGUAUCCAAGGCCAGAUAUUCCCUUUCAGGCAAGGCAUGUGCACAGGUGUUAAAUACCUUUAGUCUGAAUGUUUUUAGCAUCUUCCCAACUAGUUUGUCACUGUGUAUCUGAGUGCCACAGGUGCCUGGUUGCUUUAGGAUUGCUCUUUGACGCAUGGUGAUCACCCCUUAUUCAAUUACACACAAAUUGUUCUACUUUCCUGACAGCUUCUGAAACACUACGUUCUCUUUUUUAUAAUACAGAUUUAGGGAACAAGGUGCUAACUGAACAGACUUUGGACUCAAAUCCAUAGCUUACAUAUAUGCAAACUGUAACUAAAUAUACAUUUUCUGAAACAGCUGUCUGAAUAAGUAGGGCAGUAUAUGUGAAUGUAUUCACGCACUGACACAAUCCUUUACAAUUUUGGUGUGUAUAAAUAUAUGCAAAGUUGUGAUGUGUGUGUAUGUUUUGCUGUAAAAGAACAUGAAUGCUCUGGCUAUGGUCUGAAUAAAGAUACAAACUUACUAUUGAAGUAAAUUAAGUGGGAGAAAAAACAGCACUAAUCUGGCUGUUGCCACAAUUGAAAGCAGACUUGUUAGAGUCUCAUUGCAUGCUGUCUCAGGCAGAGCAUGGAUGAAUUAAAGCAGUUCUUACAACUUCACUGCACUUUUAACAGACUUCUUGGAAAGGGUGUUCUUACUGCUGGAAUAAAAACCCCAGCGGCACAGUGCAGCGAUGAAAUGGGUACACGGUAACGACAGAUGGCAGCAUAUGAAAAACAUUCUUGCGUACCAUGGGUGUAAGGCCAACUAUGGCUCUUGUUUUCAGCAGCCUGAAAAAAAAAACAGUGGUGACAAAAGUGAGAUUCAUUUUUCUGUUAACACAGUUAAUAUUUUACGGCAGUUAAGAAGGUAAAGCUCUUUUAGAGGAGCACACUUUGCCUGAUUCUUUGCUAGGUACUAUUCUGGGCAUUUGUUUCACUUGGGAAAGGUAAGUAAAUUCUACCUCUGCGGAGUGUAACAGUCUAGUAGUAAAACAGUUUGGAAGCCAUGUGCUCGAAGUAAGCAAUUACAGGUGGCUCAAGGCAUUGGAGAAUUGGGUGACACUUUAAGCCCUGAUCUUUUUUUGGAGCUUGUAAUGCUCACUGUCUCCCAGUGGCUUGUUGAGAUCCUCAGUCCAAACGAACCUGCCACACUAGAGCAGGCUUUCUUCUGCCAGGACUAAUGAUUGUCAGUGAUCCCCCCCCCGGGAACUUCCAGUCAAACGGGCACCUGGGAACAUCCUCAAUAAAAGUGACACGCACUGCAGAUAAUUAAAGCCACAUAGAAAGUGCAUGUUGCAGGGAGUUUUUUUCAUAGCACUUGAGAAUUCGGAGACUUGCAGAGUUUAUAUAUUAUAAAAUGAACUAUUUUCAUAAAAGCUGUGAAGUGUGUUAGUACAGAUAAGUUUAUGAAGUAUCAUCCAAUUUUGUACCACCGGUUGAAAAGGCAAACCCAAAUUAAGGAACGGUCUUUUCUUACACUAAAACACCAUCAAAAACAGUUUAAAGUGUUUUCAGGCUGUCUCUGAACAGUUUGCUGCCUGUUCGGACACACCUCUAUCUUUUUUACACAGAUAUAGAUAAUACUGUUAACAGAUGCAGUAGACUAUUUGACUAUUUUCCCUCCAAAGUGACAAAACAUUAAAAAAAAAAAUCAGCCAGUCUCAUUUCAGCAUAUUAUAAAUUAUAUGUGGUUAAUGCAGUCUAUAGACUCUACUAAUAACAGUCUAUUCUCAACCUAGAGAUUAUGUUCAGCAGAUGUAAUCAAAAUCUGUUAAGAGGUGAAAAUUGUACUGCAAAUCUUAGCUUAUAACCAUCUUGCUCUGAUAUUAUGAGGGUAUUGCCAAAAGGUCAGUAUCUUCUUGCUCUUUCUUUUUACCUGAUGUUACAAAGGCUAAAUUUUAUGUCCUCUUGGGAAGAAAAUUGUUCCUCCAAAUCCUCUGAGGUCAUAAACAAAGAGUGAUAGAUAGGUGAUCAUAAUAGCAUACUUGGAAAUAUGGAAGACUUGUUGAUCACGUCAGGAUCAGUGGAUUUUCUAAGAAAUAAAGGAGUUUAUCUCAGCUGUAGGAGUUUAUCUCCUAAACCACUGUCUGCUUUCUCUUUCAUUUGUUUGUAUUGAUCUAAGCAUACAGCCAACCUCCUUUAAUAAAGCAGCAAUAUACUUCAGAAGGAAUGGUGACAAACUCUAGUUAAUUAAAUAGACUUAUGAAUACACGGCUUUGAAUGAUGAAAGCAUUCACUGCAGGAUGCUUCCUGCAGCUGUGAAAAGAUUGCCAGUGGAGUGCUGGUUUUGUACUGAGAUGUAAAAAACACGGGUGCCACAUCAUGUUGUGUCAUUAAGUGUCAUUUGGAUUAAUUCUGGACAAAAGAUGCUGUCGGGUAAAGAAGCCGCAUGACAUUGUAGAAGCAGAAAACCAGACUUUUUCUGGUGGUUCUGUUUCUGUGUUAUAUUGUAAUAAAAGCAGUUUUGCA